UUCCUUCCUGGGAGCUUGGUAAUUCGGGUGGAAGAGGGAAGGUAGAUUAGCAGAUGAUACGAGAGUUUCCUUCCGGUUCUAACAUUAUGGAAGCUGAGUAUAUUUUCUAUUCAAUCGCCUCUGCACAUGCAGCCUCAAGGAAGCCCUUUGAAACCUUUCUUGCUCUAGGAAAAAUCUAAGCAAGGAUGGCUCUGCUUUCCUUAGGUCUCUGCAUCAAUCUAGGAAGUCUGCUUUGUCUUUUUCACUACCUGAGCAAGAUGCAGGGAGAUGAGCAGAAAAGACAGAGUUGGGAAAUUGGAGAAAGCUCCAGCAAGGUAGCUUAGUAUAGUGCAGAGCAUGUGGGCUCGGGCAUCUAAAUCUUGGUUCAGUGCUCGCUUCGCCAGCACAUGUACUAAAAUUGGAACGAAACAGAGGUUAGCAUGGCCCUGUGCAAGGAUGACAUGCAAAUUCGUGAAGCGUUCCAUAUUAAAAAAAAAAAAUUCUUGGUUCAGCUACUUACAGAGUAAUUUUGAGAAAGUUACUUCUCUGCCAGCUGAGUUGCUAUGAGAAUUUCAUGAGUAAUAUGAAAAUGCCUGAACACAUAAUACUCAGUAAGUACUAGAUCCUGUUCCUGUCUUUACCCUCAGCCCAUUUAAAUUUUCGCGAGAAUACCGGUUUGAAUUCCAGAUCCACACCCCAACCUUUUCUGCUUCAUUCACCCAGCUACCCCUUAUCUGAAGUACUGUUGGGGAGGCAGGCAGAUGAAAAUCAUACCUGUAUCAGUAUAGCUUCAUUAUUUUAUUUAAAGUGAAUUCCAGGGUCAUCGGUCAUUAGACCAAAGCAAAAAAUAAAAAUAAAAAAAUCCUGAGUUUCGAUUGCUACAUUCUAGUCAUGGAUCUUUGUCUCCUCUUCGGUAAAAUUAGUAAAAUGUUACCUGGCCUGUUUACCUCAGAGCUCUUGUGGAUUGAAAGAGAGAACGAAGUUUAUGAAAACAUUUUUGUAAACUAUACAAAUACAGGACACAUACUGUGGUGAUAAUACGCAAACAAGGCAAAUUCCCACACCAAACCACCAAAACCCAAUUUUGUAGCGUCUUGAGGGUUUCCAGAUCCUCGUCCCUCCGUUAGUUAACAGUGCUGUGAGUGUGUAUGGAUAACUGCUGUCCUUCAUCAGUAGCAUAACGCAGAUUACGGAUUUGGACACCCCGAGAUUGCUCAACUUUCUGCCUGCUGAGUCAAAAUUCUGUCACUUCAGUCGGGUCAACAGGUUAUUUACUUCCCGCCUGAGUAAUAACCUGAGCUUCCGAGUCACAUGGCAAGCGAAACGGAACCGAAUUGCUACUACCCGCACUCUCGGAACUUUUUCCCCUUCUCUGCAAUUCGUCUCGGGCUCUUGCCCGCCCUCUGGUCCCGCGGAAGCCAAUCACCGCGGAGUAAAUCAGUGCCCCGGCUCCAUUGGCUCGCUCUUUCUGGGACAGCUUAUUCUGGCCAGUUACAGCGGAGCCGGCCUCGAGAGGGUAACUCCAUUGGCUCAAUGCCCUGCCCGUCAAAACAGCUACGUCUUCAGCUUCCAAUCAGACUCGAAGGGUUACGGUCUCACUUUCGUGAAAUUGAUGGCCGGAGCACAGGCACUCCAGCGUCCUGUGCUCCAGUCCCAGCCAUCUCUGUCCUUCCCUGAGGAGACACCAAACCCUCAGGAAGCUCUGCUUUCGUUAGGAGAAACUGAGGCAGAAGGGGCGAGGCUGUCUGUUUUCCUCGAAUCUGGAUGCUCAGCCUUUUAACUCCCUGCUUCCAGAUUCAGCGCCCCUACGGCGGCUCCCGGCUAGGUGCAACCCACUUUCCUAGUGCAAGGCCGGGGGCGGGGUUUGGCUGGGCAGGUCCAGGAUGCAAGAUCCUGGAGGGAAGAAAAGGUGUAGUGUUUGGGGCGGUCAGCGGGCUCGGCUGGCUGGCUUGGCAGGGCUGGGCUCCUCGGAACAGGUAAUACCCCGGGGGCCUGUUCGCCUGAACCGCAGAGAUAAGGCCCUAGGCGACAUCUCCGGGUGACAGGAUGGAUUUCGGAACCCCCGACCUUCUGGAUGUGUGGCUGGAGCCCCCAGAGGAUGUCUUCUCAACAGGAUCCUUUCUGGAGCUGGGACUCCACUGUCCACCUCCAGAGGCCCCAGUGACCAGGCUGCAAGAACAGGGGCUGCAAGGCUGGGAGUCCACGGGGGGCCGUGGCCGUGGCCUUCAGGAGAGUGAGCCUGAAGAUCUCCCGAAGCUUUGCAUUGACCCCAAUGAAGUGUACUGCUCGGAAGCAUCUCCUGGCAGUGACAGUGGACUCUCCGAGGACCCUGGUCGCCCAGACAGUCCACCUGCCCCCAAGGCACCCAGUUCCCCUGCCCUCUACGAGGUCAUCUAUGAGGCAGGGGCCCUGGAGAGGAUGCAAGGGGAAGCCAGGCCAGCCGUAGGGCUCAUCUCUAUCCAGCUAGAUCAGUGGAGCCCCCCAUUUAUGGUGCCCGAUGCCUGCGUGGUCAGCGAGCUGCCCCUUGACGCCCGUGUCCACCUCCUGCCCCCAGCUGGCGCUGUUAGCCCAGUGCCUCCUUCCACCCUGCUGUCCUGUCAAGCCUUGUUCCUGACGGAUGAGGAGAAGCGUCUGCUGGGGCAGGAAGGGGUCUCCCUGCCCUCUCACCUGCCCCUCACCAAGGCAGAGGAGAGGGUCCUCAAGAAGGUCCGGAGGAAAAUCCGGAACAAGCAGUCGGCCCAGGACAGUCGGCGGCGGAAGAAGGAGUAUAUCGAUGGACUGGAGAGCAGGGUGGCUGCCUGUUCUGUACAGAACCAGGAACUACAGAAGAAAGUCCAGGAGCUGGAGAGGCACAACAUCUCCCUGGUGACUCAGCUCCGCCAGCUGCAGAUGCUUAUGACUCAGACUUCCAACAAAGCCGCCCAGACCAGCACCUGCGUUCUGAUCCUACUUUUCUCCCUGGCUCUCAUCAUCCUGCCCAGUCUCAGCCCCUUUCAAGGUCUCCCAGAAGCCAGGCCAAAGGAUUACCAGCCUCGCGGAGUGAUUUCCAGGAAUAUCCUGACUCACAAGGACAUGAUGGAGAAUCAGGAGACCCCAGUGGCAGAGUCCAGAUUGGGGGGGCCCCCUGGGGCCAAGGGUGCCAAUGGCUCAACAAGGACACUGCUGGAGAAGAUGGGAGGGAAGACAGGCCCCGGUGGGCACGUCAGAACCUCUGUGCACGCAGAUGAGAUGUGAGCUGGGCACUUCCCGCUCACACCUAGCCGGGGGAGGGGCCCAGGGCUCCCUGCGGCUCCGCUUCCCCUGGGAUUCCUCCUCGGGGUCCUUUGGCCUCGGGGGUCUGAAUCACCUCAGGAUGCUCUAGAUGUGUGCGCC